CAGGAGCUAAUGUGGAAAUAGAGGGCGAAAUUGGAAAGUCAGAGUAAUUUUUACUCUACAUUAAAAUCCGUGCCAAGUCAAAACGAGAAGUUUCAACUUGGACGGAGGGAGUAAUUUUUAACUUUUUAUCAUAAACGUGCUUAUGAGUUGUUUUUGUAAUGGUGAAGCCACAUUAUAUGAACUUUUUCUUGGCAAAGGAAUUGCCACUGGGGGUCUAGCGCAGCACGGAUGCAAGGGAAAUCCCUGACCAAAUGUAUUUUGCUGACUAGAGAGAAGGUAUUUUUACUGCUUCAUGAUUCAAAUGACAAUGCUUUGUAUUUCUCUGUUCAAUUUCAGAAGCAGCUGUUUGAACACUAUUCAAGUAUCAAAAUUUUUGCUAAUGCAGAUGAAAGUCUCUUGACAUGGAGAUUUAUUUAUGCAAGUAAUGCUUGAUGCCCUUUGAUAAAUAACAUAUAUUUCUGGGUUGAGUGUCAAAAUCAUUACUUCUUAAUACAUCAUUCCUAAUGAU